AUGGGAUUAUUACCAUUGCACUCCAGACAUGGGAUUAUUACCAUUGUACUCCAGACAAGGGAUUAUUACCAUUGCACUCCAGACUUGGGAUUAUUACCAUUGUACUCCAGACAAGGGAUUAUUACCAUUGUACUCCAGACAUUGGAUUAUUACCAUUGUACUCCAGACAAGGGAUUAUUACCAUUGCACUCCAGACAUGGGAUUAUUACCAUUGCACUCCAGACAUGGGAUUGUUACCAUUGCACUCCAGACAUGGGAUUAUUACCAUUGUACUCCAGACAUGGGAUUAUUACCAUUGCACUCCAGACAUGGGAUUUUUACCAUUGUACUCCAGACAUGGGAUUGUUACCAUUGUACUCCAGACAAGGGAUUAUUACCAUUGUACUCCAGACAAGGGAUUAUUACCAUUGUACUCCAAACAUGGAAUUAUUACUAUUGUGCUCCAGACAUGGGAUUAUCAACACUGUAAUUCAGACAUGGGAUUAUUAA